AUGGCGACUACUUCGAACAUGUUCCUGUACUCGCUGACGGUCCAGCCGCCAAACAAUGUCGUUCAGGCGGUCCUGGGUCAGUUCGCAGGCACCAAAGAGCAGCUCAUUAUCACUGGAGCUGGCUCACAGCUGACUUUGCUGCGACCGGAUCCCUCCCUUGGCAAGGUUACGACCGUCCUGUCCCAUAACAUUUUUGGAAUAAUUAGAUCGCUUGCUGCGUUCCGCCUGGCGGGCAGUAAUAAAGAUUAUCUCAUCAUUGCCUCGGAUUCUGGCAGAAUCACGAUUGUCGAGUAUUUGCCGGCCCAAAAUCGAUUUAGCAGACUGCACCUUGAGACUUUUGGCAAGUCUGGUGUCAGACGAGUCAUUCCAGGAGAAUAUCUUGCGUGUGAUCCCAAGGGACGAGCUUGCCUCAUCGCCUCCACCGAGAAGAGCAAACUAGUGUAUGUCUUAAACCGAAGUGCACAAGCAGAGCUUACAAUUUCCUCACCUCUGGAGGCUCACAAACCUGGUGUGCUGGUUAUUUCCAUGGUUGCCUUGGAUGUCGGAUAUGCCAAUCCAGUUUUCGCGGCUCUUGAAAUGGACUACUCUGAGGUCGAUCAAGACUCCAGCGGCCAGGGCCUGGAGGAAAUCGAAACGCAGCUGGUUUAUUACGAGCUAGAUCUUGGUCUCAAUCAUGUUGUCAGAAAAUGGUCAGAACCUGUCGAUCCUACUGCAUCUCUCCUUUUCCAGGUUCCCGGAGGCAACGACGGCCCUAGCGGAGUGCUAGUCUGUGGCGAGGAGAGCAUUACCUACAGGCACUCAAACCAGGACGCGUUCCGCGUGCCGAUACCUCGGAGAAAGGGAGCUACUGAGGACCCUUCACGAAAACGUACAAUCGUCUCUGGUGUGAUGCACAAGUUAAAGGGGAGCGCCGGUGCAUUUUUCUUCCUAUUGCAAACUGAGGACGGCGACCUCUUCAAAGUUACGAUUGACAUGGUGGAGGAUGAGGAAGGGAACCCAACUGGUGAAGUGAAAACACUCAAGAUCAAGUACUUUGACACUGUACCAGUCGCCACAAGCCUCUGCAUCCUAAAGAGCGGUUUUCUCUAUAUUGCCAGUCAGUUUGGCAAUUUUUCCUUCUACCAGUUUGAGAAACUCGGCGACGAUGAUGAGGAGCUUGAGUUUAGUAGUGAUGACUUUCCAGUCGACCCGCAAGCAGCGUACGAUCCGGUCUAUUUCCACCCUCGACCUGCUGAGAAUCUGGCCUUGGUGGAGAGUAUUCCAUCAAUGAACCCGUUGCUUGAUUGUCAGGUUGCAAACUUGACAGGGGAAGACGCACCCCAAAUUUACACCGUCUCUGGUAACGGCGCACGAAGCACGUUCAGAGUGCUGAGGCAUGGCCUGGAAGUCAAUGAAAUCGUGGCCUCGGAACUACCUGGCAUACCGUCUGCAGUAUGGACCCUUAAACUUAACCGAGGUGAACAGUACGACGCCUAUAUCGUCUUGUCAUUUACAAAUGGAACUCUGGUACUAAGCAUCGGUGAGACGGUCGAGGAAGUCAGCGAUUCGGGUUUCUCUACCAGUGUACCAACGCUGGCCGCACAAUUAUUGGGAGAUGAUGGCCUUAUUCAGGUGCAUCCAAAGGGCAUACGACAUAUUCGCAAUGGCAAAGUUAACGAAUGGGAUGCCCCGCAACACCGAUCCAUUGUGGCAGCCUCUACAAACGCCCACCAAGUUGCCAUUGCGCUUAGCUCGGGUGAAAUAGUGUAUUUUGAGAUGGAUUCCGAUGGCUCCCUUGCGGAGUAUGACGAGAAAAAGGAGAUGUUUGGCACGGUCACCUGUCUUAGCUUGGGCGAAGUUCCAGAAGGCAGGGUCCGCAGCUCAUUCCUUGCAGUGGGCUGUGAUGAUUGCACAGUCCGUAUCCUAAGUCUUGACCCUGAGUCGACACUUGAAAGCAAGUCAGUCCAAGCGUUAACAGCAGCGCCGUCAUCAUUAGCUAUUAUUGCAAUGGAUGACUCGUCAUCGGGGGGCUCGACACUUUAUCUCCAUAUCGGCUUGCAUUCUGGUGUUUAUCUGCGCACAGUUCUCGACGAGGUCACUGGUGAGCUGACUGAUACGAGACAAAAGUUUUUGGGGCCAAAACAAGUGCGCCUUUUCCGAGUUACCGUACAGGGAACUACUUGUGUUCUGGGCCUUAGCUCCCGGCCCUGGCUUGGAUAUUCGGAUCCAAUUACCAAGGGAUUCGUUGUCACCCCGCUCAACUACGUCGACCUCGAAUGGGCCUGGAACUUUGGUAGCGAGCAGUGUGAGGAAGGCAUCGUAGGAAUUCAAGGCCAGUCAUUAAGGAUCUUUUCUAUUGAUCGAUUAGGCGAUACGUUAAAUCAAAAGGCUGUUUCCCUAACUUAUACUCCUAAAAGACUCAUCAGACAUCCAGAGCAACCUCUUUUUUACACCAUUGAAAGCGAUAAUAAUACACUCCCGCCUGAUCUUCGAGCGCAGCUUCUGACCGAUCCGGCCGUCGUAAACGGCGAUGCGACAGUUUUGUCACCAGAAGAGUUUGGAUAUCCUAAAGGCAACCGUAGAUGGGCAUCAUGUAUCAACGUGAUUGAUCCUGUCUCCGAAGAGCCGCAAGUUCUGCAGACAGUUGAUUUAGAAAAUAAUGAGGCAGCCGUUAGUGCUGCUAUUGUUCCCUUUGCCAGUCAAGAUAAUGAAAGUUUCCUUAUUGUUGGUACUGGCAAAGACGUCGUGGUUAAUCCACGCAGCUUUUCCGAAGCAUACAUUUACGUGUAUCGUUUCCAAGAAGAUGGAAGAGAGCUCGAGUUUAUUCACAAAACCAAGAUCGAAGAGCCAGCUUUGGCAUUAAUACCUUUCCAGGGAAAACUCCUUGCUGGCGUUGGAAAAACAUUGCGAGUAUAUGAUCUAGGUAUGCGGCAGAUGCUGCGGAAAGCUCAAGCGGAAGUAGCACCUCAGCAAAUCGUAUCACUCAACACUCAAGGCAGCCGCAUCAUCGUUGGGGACGUCCAACAAGGUGUCACAUACGUCACCUAUAAGCCCACCACAAACAAGCUUAUACCUUUUGCAGACGAUACUAUUGCCAGAUGGACGACGUGCACAACAAUGGUGGACUAUGAAUCGGUAGCCGGCGGAGACAAAUUCGGGAAUAUGUUCAUCGUCCGUUGUCCUCCAAAAGCAAGUGAGGAGGCCGAUGAGGAACAAUCCGGUCUUCAUUUAAUAAAUGCCAGGGACUACCUUCAUGGAACGUCGCAGCGUCUCGAUCUGAUGUGCCACUUUUACACUCAAGAUAUCCCUACCAGCAUGGCAAAGACCAGUCUGGUCGUUGGCGGACAAGACGUGUUAUUAUGGAGCGGUCUGAUGGGUACGAUUGGUGUUUUCAUUCCUCUUGUUAGUCGAGAAGACGCAGACUUUUUCCAGAGCCUUGAAUCGCAUCUCCGGACCGAGGACCCACCAUUAGCUGGAAGGGAUCACCUUAUGUACCGAUCAUACUAUGCGCCUGUGAAGGGUGUAAUUGAUGGAGACCUCUGCGAGCGGUAUACGUUGCUUCCCAACGAUAAGAAGCAGAUGAUUGCCGGCGAACUGGACCGUUCAGUCCGAGAGAUUGAAAGAAAAAUCUCGGAUAUCCGUACUAGGUCUGCUUUCUAA